AACUUGCUACCUGACAAAGAGCAGAGCGGAGUGACGGAGCACACUUAUACCUGUCUCGCCUCGCUACCUUCACUCUCCCGCACGCAAUUGCGUCUACGCUAUCUAAUACAUAUCCUUCUUGAGAUUCGAACGUCUCGAGAUUCGAACAUGGCCGACCAGCAGCCCGCCGAUUCGUGGGAAGACUCCAUGCAAGACGACGACCUGGCCAACCAGACACAGUCACAGCUCAACGUCAACCAAGGCCCGCCUGCGCGCGGUCCGACUGCCUUCGUGCCCGGCGCAAGCAGUUUCACUCCAGGUGCCCAGUCGUUCCAGCCGGGCCAACAGUUUCAGCAGUAUGGAUAUGGUCAGAACUACGGUGGCGGAUACCCUCAGUACGGCCAGCAGGGCUACGGGCAAGGACAAUUUCAGCAAUAUGGUUACGGAGCACAGCAAGGCUACCAACAGUAUGGCCAGCAAGGCUACCAACAAUACCAACAGCCACAAAGCCAGCAACAGGCGUAUGUGCCGCCACAACAACGGCAGGCGCCCAUGAUUGCCAAACGCGGCGAAGCACUCCCUGCUGCUGGUCAACCGGCAGCGGCAGCGAAGCCUGCAGCAGCUACAUCUUCAACCGGCGCUGCGCCCGUCAAGACGCUUUCGCUGAGCGCGGCGGAUACAGGUGCCGCUGCGCCCAAGGUGGAAAAGGCGGCGGGCGGCGCCAAGGUCCUCUCGCUAGGAGUUCCAGCUCCCACACCGGCUGCUGAGAAGCCUGCGCCAAAAGACGCAUCAGGCAAGGCAGCGCCUGAGGCGGGCAAUAAGGUGGCAGCAGCCAAGGCUGUUGAGAAAGCAGGCGAAUCCACACCAGCUAGCGGCAACACAUCACCCAAUGCAUCCGGUCGCUCCUCACCAUCUCGUGCCGAAACCAAGGCGGAAGCUCGAAGAGUAGAGCUCGCAGCUGAAGAGCAGGCCAAGGAAGUUGACGAGGCAGACCUCCGGGAGAUGUAUGGCAAAGAGCAUGUCAACGUGAUAUUCUUAGGGCACGUCGAUGCAGGCAAAAGUACACUGGGUGGUAGUAUUCUGUACGCCACAGGAAUGGUCGACGAGCGAACAAUGGACAAAUACAAGAGAGACGCAAAGGAGAUGGGCCGAGAGUCUUGGUACCUGUCAUGGGCACUCGACCAGACCAAAGAGGAGCGAUCGCAGGGCAAGACGGUCGAGGUUGGAAGGGGAUUCUUCGAAACGGAAAAGCGAAGAUAUUCGAUUCUGGAUGCUCCGGGCCACAAAACAUUUGUGCCGAACAUGGUUUCCGGCGCUUCGCAGGCAGAUGUCGGCGUGCUCGUAAUUUCAGCUCGUAAGGGCGAAUACGAGACUGGUUUUGAACGAGGUGGUCAGACCAGAGAGCACGCCGUUCUUGCCAAGACGCAGGGAAUCAACAAGCUCUGCAUUGCUGUGAACAAAAUGGACGAUGUCACAGUCCAGUGGUCCGAGGAGCGGUUCAAGGAGUGCAUCACCAAGCUCACGACCUUCUUGAAAGGCCUUGGCUACAACCCCAAGACUGACCUCACCUUCCUACCUGUGUCUGCACAAACGACAGUUGGUAUCAAGGACCGAGUGCCCAAAGAUGUUGCGCCCUGGAAUGAUCAGCCAUCCCUCCUCGAGUUCUUAGACAAUAUGCAGAGCUUGGAGCGUAAGCUUACUGCGCCGUUCAUGAUGCCUAUUGCUGCCAAGUAUCGCGAUUUGGGAACGAUGAUUGAAGGUAAAAUCGAAGCGGGUAUUCUGAAGAAGGAAAACAAGUACCUGAUGAUGCCUAAUCGUGCGGAAAUCCAAAUCAGUGCACUCUAUGGCGAGACGGAAGAUGAAAUUCCGCACGCCACCAGUGGUGACCAGGUCCGAUUGCGAAUCAAAGGUGUUGAGGAGGAGGACAUUUCUCCGGGUUUCGUAUUGUGUUCCCCGAAGCGGCCCGUACACUGCGUCAACCAGUUUGAAGCGCAAAUCCGCCUGCUGGAACUCAAAUCGAUCAUCUCGGCUGGAUUCAAUUGCGUGUUGCAUGUGCACUCUGCGACGGAGGAGGUGACGUUUGCUGCACUCUUGCACAAACUCGAGCCCAAGACGAACCGCAAGUCGAAGAAGGCACCGGGAUUUGCCAAGCAAGGCAUGAAUAUCAUCGCGCGAAUGCAAGUGACGGGUGGUGCUGGCAGUGUGUGUGUGGAGCGAUUUGAAGAUUACCCGCAGCUCGGUCGGUUUACGCUGCGAGACCAGGGCAAUACGAUCGCGAUUGGAAAGAUCACGAAGUUAAUCACGGAUGCUCAGGAGGCUGCCGAAGGUGCGAUUGCAUAAAGCUUUAAUCGG